AUGGCGCCGCGCCUGGCGCUGUGCCCGAAAAGAAAAUGGCGGCAGGCGCCUGUGAGGGACCCACUCCUCCUCCGCAGUUUGCCCCUAACAAACAUGGCGCCUGCCUCACCACCACCCCCACCCACCCCUUGCACGAUGCGACGCCGGAACGAUUGGGCGCCGGAAAAUAAAAUGGCGGCAGCCCGUGACCCCGCCCACCCGCCUCUAACCCUUGACCCCGCUCCUCCCCCCCCUCGUCCCACCCCCUCGAACUUUGGAUUCGGCGCGAGCCAGGCAGGGUUGAAGAAAAUGGCCAGCAGGAGGCAGACUCUCCGCUGCAAGGUUUCUGUUUGCCCACCGGAGGGGGAGGCACAGCUGGACAAGAAGCCUAAAACACAGCCUCCCACUGAUGCCUUGCAACGUAUUCGAUUUACGAGGAGUACAUCUAAGAAAGCAGAAGAGGCCAGCAAGAGGGAGACUCUGCACUGCAAGGAUUCUGAUUGCCCACUGGAGGGGGAGGCACAGCUGGACGAGAAGCCAAAAAUACAGGCCAGCGAGAGGGAGACUCUGCACUGCAAGGUUUCUGAUUGCCCACCGGAGGGGGAGGCACAGCUGGAAGAGAAGCCUAAAAUAGAGGAUAGCGAGAGGGAGACUCUGCACUGCAAGGUUUCUGAUUGCCCACCGGAGGGGGAGGCACAGCUGAACGAGAAGCCUAAAAAACAGCCUCCCAUUGAUCCCUUGCAACGUAUUCGAUUUACGAGGAGCACAUCUAAGAAAGUGGCAGAGCCUCCCAUUGAUCCCUUGCAACGUAUUCGAUUUACGAGGAGCACAUCUAAGAAAGUGGCAGAGACGCCCAGCCAACCAUCUGGAUGCAGUAAUGGAGCUCCAACGAUGCCAUCAUUUGUGGAAAUUCAAGAGACAUGUAGAAGACAGCUUCGUCGGAGACUCGUUAACAUUCCACUCUGUGAAAACAGCAAGAUGUCAGCGGAAAAAUCUCCAAGGAGUUCAUCGGGUGUCAGUGCUACACAGAAAUCACCGCAAAAUGACCUCUGGCAAAUGUCAACUGCCCCUUGCGAAAAGCCCUCUCAGAAUGAUGAGUUUGAGGGUGGAAACUCUGAACCAAAAGAAAAUGAAGAACUGCCCCAGAUGAGGUGCACUGAAGCCACAGGAACCGAAUCGGAAAAAGUGAGGGAGGCAGAGAAGGCAACUUCGAGGAAACCACAACUUGUCAGAGGAACACAGAAAUCGCCACAGAAAAGAGACCGCUUUGGCCACUGGUUGCCGAGGGUUAACUCUGGGAAGCUGGAUACAAAGGUCAAAGGGAAGCUGGAUACAAAAGCCAAAGGCAAGCAAGAUGCGGAUGUAAAAUGCAACGCAAAUGAAGAAAACUCACUCGUACAGCAAAUUGAAGCACCAGGUAUAGAGCCGGAAAGGACAGAGGAACUUCAGAAGCCUACUCGAAGGAAAUCAUUGCGUGUUGCCAACCAGCAAUCCGUGCUAGAGAAGUCAUGCUCAACAAUCAACACUGAACAUAUUUGUCCUGAACACAAUGGCAGUAAACCAGAGGAGCACGUGGAUACAAAUUGCGGGCCAGAUGUAACUGAGCAGAGUGAAUUGCAGACGUCAGGCCUUAACAGAAGAGGUAAAGAGGAGCUUGAAGUCACGAAGGCUAAACAAGAUAAUAUGGAAAUGGACAAGAAAGAGGAUAAAAUUUUUGAGCAAUUACCUUGCGACACUGCUUCCUGCGUUGUACUUGAGCAGGGGUCUUUGCUAUUGGAAGACACGUGUGGAAGUUCAACACAAAGUGCCAGUAAAUCAGCACAAGAAGAGGGACCUCUGGUUGCGGUGCCUAAGAUCAACUUCGCAAAUAAGGAAGUGCAGACUGUGAGUUGGAACCCCAUUGUAGUGACUGCGGAAGAAUUGAAGGUUGAAGACCUAGAAACGGAAGAGCAAUUGCUUGUGGAAGACUCUUCUCCAAAGGAAUCACAAAAAGAUGUUGUUAAAGAAACCCCUCCUUUCGAACCAGCCCACAGCAACCUCGGGGACGGAACAAAACCAGGAGCUGUGCAGUCAGAGGUGGAUAUGGAAGGCGUCAGUGCAGACCCUCUGACAGUGGGUGAAGAAAGGACAAGUGAAAUGAUGGUAAAGCAGGAAAUGGACAAGGCAGAGAUACCAGAAGCUGAUGAGAAAGUUGAAGGAGUGAAUGACCAGGCUGAAGCGAUUGCAACGAAAGUGGAUCAGGAAGCAGAGGAACAGAAUUUGGAGAAAAGUGAAGUGACACCCAAGUCAGCGCUUCAGCUGAUUGUGAGUAACCUGGAUUCUUCUAAGAAUUUUGGCGAGCUGCAGAUUGCUGUCAUCAGCUUCUUCAUGGAGAGAAAGCUGUCGGUCACAUCCAUCAGCAUGAAGAAAUCCAGAAAACGUGGCCAAGUAACCUUUCUCUCUGGAAAGGAUGUAAGCCGGGCGCUGAAGUACAACGGGGAGCAGUUACUGGGCCGUGCGCUGAGGUUGCGCAGACCACCGCAGAUUCAGAAACCUGUGGCAAUUGUCAGGGGGAGGAAACGAAAGCUCAAGGAAUCCGACUUGGGGGCCACGAUUUCGCCCCCAGCCAAGAAGAAAAAUGUGCAGAAAACAACCGUUUUAACUAAGAGAAAAAAGAAGGAGCCUAUGUCUCUGCUGAAGAAGAAAAAGAAGAAAGUACAGGAGCAAACUGCUUCAAAUGAGAAAAGUGAGGAGGAAGAGAAGGAAUUUAUUACACCCUCGCUUAAGCAGCAGCAGAAACGAAAACAGGAAAAACUGGUUCUAAGUGAGAAAAGCAAAGAGGAUGAGUGGAAGGACAAGCUGCCUGGGGUAAAGAAGAAAAUUGCAGAAAAACAUACUUUAAGUGAGAAAAGAGAAGGGGAAACUGCCCCUCUACUUCAGAAGAAGAAGAAGAAAAAACAUCAGGAGAAGGCUGCUUCAAAUGAGAAAAGUGAGGAGGAAGAGAAGGAAUUUAUUACACUCUUGCUUCAGCAGCAGCAGAAACGAAAACAGGAAAAACAUACUUUAAGUGAGAAAAGAGAAGGGGAAACUGCCCCUCUACUUCAGAAGAAGAAGAAGAAAAAAAAUCAGGAGAAGGAAGUUAUCUUAAGCGAGAAGCGAGUAGAGGAGGGGGAGAAAGUUGCCUCUGUGCUGAAAAAGAAAAAAAGUAAGGAAAAAAUUGUUCUAAGUACGAUAAGAGCAGAGAAGGACACUGCACGUCCAAAGAAGAAGAAGAAAAAGCAGGAGAUAAGUUCCUGGUGUCUCUGCAUACAGAAAGUACGGUCUCAGGAAGCUCUGUCUGAGCUGAAGACAGCCGUUGCUAAUUUUCUCAAUGAAAGAUCAGUCGCCUACAAAGAGAUUGUACUGUAUCCUGAUAGCUGCUCCGCUUGUGUUGAGCUCUCCUGUGAGGAUGACCUGAAUGAAGCUUUGCAGUUUGAUCCAUGCAAGAUUAUUGGGGAAGCAGCAAGGUUAAGCAAAGUAGAGAAACUGGGAGCUAUAGUUGACGGAAGUGACCCCAGGACACUGCCCAUGAAAAGCCUUCCAAGUGAAGUCUGUGCCAAAGACCUUAAAAACUUAUUUGAGAGAGUUGCUGGCAUUUGGAUACAAGAGUGUCAGCAAAUUAACAAAAGGUUUGCGUUUGUUGCAUUUGAAACGGCAGAAGCUGCAGCAAAUGCGCUAAGUAAAGGUGAAGUAGAAUGCCAAGGAAAGCUAAUUCAACUGACACGUGCAUGUCAAAAGAGCAAAGGGAAAAGGAAGAUUCUUAUGGUGAAAAACCUCCCUUACCCAUUGAGUAAAAAAUAUCUAAAAUCUGUAUUUAAUAAUGCUGAGGAUGUCCGAGUAUCUAAGGACAACCAAUCGCAAAGAAUUGUCUACAUAGAAUACAAGACUGUAAAACAAGCCAAAGUUGCUUUGAAGGAGUUCAAAGGCAAAAGCCUUCCAGGGGAGGCAAUUAGAGUAGCUGCGAUAGAGGAAAGGAAAGAGAGCCCAGAAUCGAAAUCAGAUGGUCACGGUCCCACCAGCUCCCUGUUUAUACGGGGCCUGUCAACUAAAACAACGGCUGGAACGUUGAAAUCAACCUUCAAGGGGGCUGUGAAUGCCAGGUUACCACAGAACGCAGCCAAACGGUUUGCCUAUGUUGACUUUAAAACAGCAGAGGAGGCUGCGAGGACGAGGGUGGAGAUGCAGAAUGUGGAGAUAGAUGGUCAUAAAGUGAAGCUCUACUUCGCCAACUCCACGCAGCGAGGGGAAGAGGCUGUGAGAAAUCCACAUGUAAUUUAGUCACAGAUGGUGGAUCUGAAUCAAGCAGCACCAAGACCCACGAGAAAAGGCAAAAA